CGCUGAGAGGAAAGAGAGAGAGAAUUGUUUUGAGAAAGUAAAUAUUGGUUAUUUUCAGUUUAUAUUAGUUUAAAACACACGUUAGAGGUUGGAAACAGUUCACGGAUAUAUAAAUACACGACAGCAGGCGGAGGAGAGGCUGUGUGCGGGUUUGAGGAGCAGCUGUCGCAGGGAAUUAACUAACUACACUCACUAACGAGCCAGACAGACUGAGCAUUUGCCCAGAAUGCCAGCCGCAGCCUUUCGCUGAACUCGUCCCCUGUGUGACGGAGGGAGAGAAAGCGAGGGAGGAGAGGAGGGAUGGGGGAGACUGAGGAUGAGAGGAACUCUCAGGCCAGCCAGCUUUUUGAGAACUUUGUGCAAGCAUCCACAUGUAAAGGCACUCUUCAGGCCUUCAGUGUCCUGUGCAGACAGCUGGAGCUGGACCCUGCUGACCACCAAGACUUCUACAGCAGUCUCAAAGCAGCCGUCACCUCCUGGAAAGCCAAGGCCCUCUGGGCCAAGCUGGACAAAAGGGCCAGCCACAAGGAGUACAAGAAAGGCAACGCAUGUCCAGACACUCGGUGUCUGAUCAUUGGUGGAGGUCCAUGUGGGUUGCGUACAGCCAUAGAGCUUGCCCUGCUUGGAGCCAAGGUUGUGGUAAUUGAGAAGAGAGACACCUUCUCUAGGAAUAAUGUUCUCCACCUUUGGCCUUUCACCAUUCAUGACCUCAGGAACCUUGGAGCCAAGAAGUUCUAUGGGAAGUUCUGUGCAGGAGCCAUAGACCAUAUCAGUAUUCGUCAGCUGCAAUUGAUCCUGCUGAAGGUCAGUCUGAUUAUGGGGGUGGAGGUGCACGUCAAUGUUGAGUUUGUCAAUCUCCUGGAGCCGCCUGAAGAUCAGGGCAAUGAUGGGAUUGGAUGGAGGGCAGAAAUCCGCCCUGAUGGUCAUCCCCUUGCCGACUACGAGUUUGAUGUGUUAAUAGGAGCAGAUGGACGGAGAAGCACUCUAGACGGUUUUAAGAGGAAGGAGUUCAGAGGAAAGCUGGCCAUCGCCAUUACAGCCAACUUUGUGAACCGCAACACAACAGCAGAGGCUAAAGUAGAAGAGAUCAGCGGAGUGGCCUUCAUCUUCAACCAGAAGUUUUUCCUGGAGCUGAAGGAAGAAACUGGGGUCGACUUGGAGAACAUUGUAUAUUAUAAGGACAACACGCACUAUUUCGUGAUGACUGCAAAGAAACAGAGUUUGUUGGACAAGGGUGUUAUUAUUCACGAUUACAUAGAGACUGAGAGACUUCUUCACAGUGACAACGUGAACCAGGAGGCUUUACUCUCGUAUGCUCGGGAGGCCGCUGACUUCGGCACCAAUUAUCAGCUGCCCUCGCUGGACUAUGCCAUUAACCACUAUGGGCAGCCUGAUGUUGCCAUGUUUGACUUCACGUGCAUGUAUGCCUCGGAGAACGCAGCGCUGAUCAGAGAGAAGAACGGCCAUCAGCUGCUGGUGGCUCUGGUUGGAGACAGCCUGCUGGAGCCCUUUUGGCCAAUGGGAACAGGAUGUGCUCGAGGCUUCCUGGCUGCGUUUGACACUGUGUGGAUGGUGCAGGGUUGGGCUCAGGGCAAAUCCCCUCUGGAGGUCCUGUGUGAGAGGGAGAGUAUCUACAGAUUGCUGCCUCAGACCACUGCAGAAAACAUCACAAAGAACUUUGAGCAAUACACAAUAGACCCAGCAACCCGCUACCCCAACCUUAACUCCAGCUGUGUACGACCACAUCAGUCUCUCUGUAAGGUUCGUCAUCUGUUCAUUAAUGGAGAGCAGAACUCCUGUAUGCUGGAACAUGGCGGACCUACGCGCAGGUCUGUCAAUAUCUCCAGGAGAGAGUCAGAGGUGCGGCCGAGCCGGUUGCUGCUGUGGUGUCAGAAGCAGACUCAGGGAUACCGAGGGGUGGACGUCACUGACCUCACCACGUCCUGGAGGAGCGGCCUGGCCUUGUGUGCACUCAUCCACCGCCAACGUCCUGACCUCAUUGACUUUGACUCUCUGAACGAGGCAGACUGCGCUAAGAACAAUCAGCUGGCAUUUGAGGUGGCAGAGAGGGCUUUUGGGAUUCAGCCACUCAUCACGGGGAAGGAGAUGGUGGCUGAGCAGGAGCCGGACAAGCUGGUGAUGGUGCUUUACCUUUCAAAGUUCUACGAAAAGUUCCGCAACUCUUCUUUACCUGUCACAGGUGCGCCAAGACAGACAGACGAGAACAAUGAGGACUAUUCAUCAAAGUCCACUAACUCUGUUUACAACUUAAUGAACGUAUCACAGCCCAGGAAACGAGUUCCAAAGGAUGAUAAGAAGUUGGACGACAAUGACCCGAACAAGAAAAGACGGAAAGGCUACAACUACCUAGAAGAGCUGUCUGGCCGGGAUGCCUUAACUGCAGGGGAGGGCCUGGAGCAGAAGGAGAAUAAGGUGCGCUCUAUGGCAACUCAGCUUCUGGCCAAGUUUGAGGAGAACGCCCCCAGCUGUGCCCUACGUCGACAGUCAGAUUUAGAGCUAAACUCCUCUAUGGAAAAGCUUGUUACUCUGGAUAUGACGGAAAACCCUCGCUUUGCUAAACCUAAGCCCUCACCCCCUUCUCCACCACCCAAGCCAAAGUGGCAGCCCUCCCCCUACUUAAGACUCCUAGAGUCUCAACUGCAGCCUGGCUACAAACAUGGCAGUGUGGAGAACCAGCAUCCUCACCAGCACACCCAGUCAUUUUUUGACCACCUAGACGAUCAUGCUGGUUAUCAAACACCAGACCUCCUGCUCAGCUGCAAUUCCACAGAAACUUGGUCCUGCCCUAAAACCCCUGAACCCCACUCUAACUGUCAAACUCCUGAACCUCGACCCAGUUCUCCACGCAGUCCCAUUUUGGCUCCUCAGCUGGUGUCUCUGAGCCAUCUCCUUGAGUCCAGAGAGCACUCACUGGUUUCUAGUGCUUCAGAAACUCUGCACACCUCCACAGCUGCUCUGGGAGGCAUGUUCUCACGGCUACAGCAAGUGGAAGACCAAAUGAAUCAGAAGAAAGCCCAGACUCAAAGUGCUCGAGAGUUCAGCCGAAAGAGUAUAAGGGAGAGAGCAGAGGUGCUGAGCUCCCUCUUUACUGGGAAACAGCCUCAGGUAGAUGGAUCCUCUCCUGCUCCUCCUGCUCCUUCUCCUCCUCCUAAACCUCUGUCAGUCCACUCUCUCCCUGCGUGUUCUGCUCUUUCCUGUCUGCUCUCCCCUCCUCCUCCUCCACCUCCACAGAAGCAGUGUAAUGAAGAUUCAGAAUCACAGCAGAACGAUCACCAAAGGAAUACAGAUAGAUCGGAAAUCAAACGCAUAGAGAAUCUUGAUCCUUCUAAGCAGAGGACAGUUGGAAAGGUCUCCUCUGCUAUAGGUGUUAAAGCUGCUGCUCUGGCCAUCCUUUACGAAACCGAUCACAGACCCAACAACCCAGUCACCCUCUCGCUGACAGAAGCCAGAAGGGCCCAAGAUGCUGGAUCGGCUAACGUACGAAGAGAGUUUGCUCCAGGCGUGGGUGGCAGUGACAUCUGUCACUUCUGUAAGAAGCGCGUGUACGUGAUGGAGCGACUGAGUGCUGAGGGAUAUUUUUUUCACCGCGAGUGUUUCCGCUGUGAUGUAUGCAGCGCCACCCUGAGGCUGGGAGGACAUGCCUUCGACUCUGACCAGGGCACGUUUUACUGCAAGCUCCACUUUGCACAGCGGAAGACCAGCCAUAGAAGUAGAAAGAAAGAGCUCCCUGGAGGCAGUGUGUCCUUAGUUGAUGGUAGCGAUGGUUACUCAGCCACUAGCAGCCUUCACAGCCAGCCUUCAGACAUGUUAGGAGUCCGAUCAUCCACUGUGACGCUGCGCAGCCCGGUCCAGAACAGUCUGCAGAACCCCAGCAUAGCGACCGAGGCUCCUGCUGAAGAGCGGCUCGUUACUGCCAGGAUUGUGGACUCCACUGUUCAGGACAGUCCUGCCGAGUCUGAAUCCCUCAAACCAAACUCUCCACAGCUCAACAAAGUGGAGCGCUCCUAUGCCAAAGGUGGGAUCACAAACAGAAACAUCAGCUGGAGGAAGAAGAUCAGAAACACUCUGCCACUGAUCCUGGUUAAGACGCUGGACCGUAGCCGAAUAGGAGGACAAGACGACGCGCUCAUAGAAGAAGAUUCCGACUUUGAGGAGAUACAUGCACCUGAUUCUCCUGCAAAGUCUUCAAAGCAUCCUGAAGACCCACACUGCCCUCUACAGGACAAGCAGGAUCAGGCAGCUAAAUCAGAGAUUCCCCACUAUCGCACUCAUGGGAUCUCAUCCCCCCCUAAACCCAGCACCUCAUCUGUAGAGCAGCAGAACGAGAUCUCAUAUAACUCCACAAACCAGCAGAGCCCUAAGAAGAAGCUCACUCUGUCCUCAUCUGAGAGGGAGAAGCUGCUGAAUUGGGAACUGGCCAAUCCCACACAGUUCUCACAAGCUGCCGUGACCACAGACAGAACGGAGAAGAACGGCCAGGUCUGCACCGAGGACCAGCCGAAGCCUCAGAACGAUACUGAACGCAGCCCACCACUCUUCCAGAUAUGGGCUAAUGUCCUGAGGAGGUCCUUCUCCAGCUCAGUGAACAACCCCAAAGUCAUCAAGAGGAACCGGCCUCCCAGAGCCAGGCCUCUGUCUGAGGGAUCCUUCAGCUUCAGCUCGCUGUUCGGUGCUUCCACGCAGUUUCAGGAGGAAGAGGAGGACGAUAAUGAGAGAAAACGAUCCAGAGCAGCUACUGAAGGAAGCCAAUCCAGAUUAAAGGGCAGGAGCGAGAUUACCACCAUGCUGGAGCAGGUGUCUCUCACCACAACCAAGCCACCAGGCGGCACCAAAGAUGACAUGGCCUCACUGCCUCCCAGGAAGCUUAACUUCUUCUCUUCUCUGAGGCUGAAGAGGAAUGAGGGAACAGGCAGAGGCAAGACAGACAACCAGACCAAAGACAUCUUGAGCAUCCUGUCCAAAUUCAGAAACAAAGCCUCCACACAGCAGCAGCAACACGAGGAGGAUGACUACUCUUCCAGUGAGGAAGGCCCAGAGUCUGGUGCACCACGGUCUAUUUCUGACGACUCUGAGAGACAGAGAAAGAAGCAGGAGAAAAUCCUCAUCCAGCAGAGCAAGAGGGAGCAACUUAAACGACUGCACAGAGCACAGGCUAUACAGAGGCAGCUGGAGGAGGUGGAGGAGAAACAGCGAGUUUUGGAGGAGAAAGGAGUCACGCUGGAGAAGGUUCUUAGGGGAGAAAUGAAUGACCCAUCAGCAGAUGAGGCUGAACUCCUGCAGACCUGGUUUAAACUUGUCCUGGAAAAGAACAAACUGGCCAGAUAUGAAUCAGAGCUGAUGAUCUUCGCUCAGGAACUGGAGCUGGAGGACAGACAGAGUCAGCUGCAGCAGGAGCUCAGACGCAGGAUGGCCGUUGAAGACUGUGAGAAGAGUGCAGGGGAGCUGGUGGAGGAGCAGGCUCUGCUGGUGGAGGUGAUGAAGGCUGUGGAGGAGAGGGAUCGACUCGUCAGUCUGCUGGAGGAGCAGCGUCUGCAGGAGAAAGCUGAGGACCGGGACCUAGAGGGCCUCAUCCUGUCUAAGGGAUACCAGUUCCACUGGGCAUGAGUGGAGUGACAGCAGUUAUAGAAGCAGCUGAUGUCAAGUCAAGUCAAGAUGUUAACGAAAGAAUAAAAACCACCUACCUUCUCAAAUUCAGCUGUUUUUAUAAUUGUGAUCCUGGAAUAGCUCUGUCCUGCUCUGUGCAUUUUAGUGUUUAACAGGCUCUCCUGAGCUGAGGUGAUUGUGCUGGAUCAGGGAGGGGGUCUAAGUGGUGCAGGGCAGGAGGACUCCUGGAGCAGCACUGAGCACAUUCUCGUUCGAUGCUAGAUCAGCAUUCACAAUGUAUGUUUAAUGGUUAUAGCAUGGGCCUGUGUGCACAGUUUCUGAUGUGUGUAAAUUUGGGGUACAGGACCAGGUUCCCAGACCCUGCCUAAUUACUGUAGAUCCAAACUAAAAAGCAUUUUAAUUUCCACUGGCACUGCAAUUCAUUCUAAAACUAUAUUUCCGUCCAUGUGUGUGGAUUUUUUCCCAGCCAUUACUGUUUUUAUUUCAGUAUAUGAGAUUUUGUCCAGUUAAUGUUGGCCUUGUUCAUACAGCACUGGGAAAAAAAAUAAGAGACCACUUAAAAAUUAUAAGUUUCUUUGCUUUUAUCAAAUUGAAAACCUCUGGAAUAUAAUCAAGAGGAAGAUGGAUGAUCACAAGCCAUCAAACCAAACUGAACUGCUUGAAUUUUUGCACCAGGAGUGGAAUUAAGUUAUUUAAAAGCAGUGUGUAAGACUGGUGGAGGAGAACAUGAUGCCAAGACGCUUGAAAGCUGUAAUUAAAAAAACAGGGUUAUUCCACCUAAUAUUGAUUUGAUUAAAGAAACUGAUUCAGAAACUUAAGUGGUCUCUUAUUUUUUUGUGCAGUACAAAUUGGCCUUGCCUAUAAAUAGGAAUUUUGGGCAGCACAUUUGACUUGUUCCAUAUAUGGGAAUUUUUUUUUCUAUAUUUACAUUUUUUCCUCAUAAAUUAUGGCUUUUCCAUAUAUUGGCCAUGUCCAUAAUUGGGGAUUUUUCCUUAAUUGGGAAUUUUGUCUUGUUCAUCAUGGCUUUUUCCAUGUACUGGAAUUUUUCCCCACACAUUAUGGCUUUUUUUCACAUAUGGGAUUCUGUUCAGUAUAUAUUGACCUACUACAUUAAUGGGGAAUUUUGUGCAGUACAUUUUGACUUUUUCCAAAUAUGGGAAUUUUGGAACACUAUUAUGUUCGUUCACUGUAAAAAUACUGCAAUUUCUACUGAUACACUGAAACUAACUGAAACAGGCUUCUAUACACUGACUGUUUAUUCAAGCUCUGUCCUGGACUUGGCUGUACAGGUCUGAACCAAAACCCAAAGACUCUCACUCACUACUGCCCACUGCUGCUCCUGAUACACAGUAAAUUAAUCCAAACACUGAUGCGUGCCUUUCCUAAACUCUACACUGUAUUCAGAAGAAACUGAUUGUAUUAAAAAGAGGUUCAGAUGAGGGUUAUUUAACACUGUAAAACACUGUAAAUCACUAUUAAACACUGUAAGGACACUAAGCUUUACACUGAAACUGCCUAGUUGAAUAAAUGUUGAUCUCACAGGGGUACAAUAAUACUGUGUAUGUUCAUGUUUGUGCUCAUGCUCUGAAUGUUCCUGACUGAAUGAUUUAUAGGUGCUGUCUUACUGAGUUGUUUGAAUGUGACUUUAAUGACUGUACCUGUUGUUUGCUGAUGUUUUUGUAAUUAAUCUAAGUUUAAUAUAUAUGAGUGUUCCAGUCUACUCUUUAAGGGUGUUCUCAUUGCUGAAGAAGAAUCAGUUCGCUCUCUUACAGCAAUGCGAAAUAUGUGUAAUUAUAUGUAUGUGAUUAAAAUGAAGCCAAAUGCUGGUUUGAUUUAAUAAAACAUUUUUCGCUGCUUUUAAAA